UGUGCGCGUAACAACAUCCAAAACAAAAUUGCGCGCAUCUAACUCCAGUUCGAAAUUUCAAAUAUAACUAUUUAUGAUUAAUAAUUUAUAGAAAAAUAAAACAAAGACAAAUAUAAACAUUGUUUUUAUAAGUUCGUAACUGGAAAAUGGAUAUUUUAGGUGUUAUUAUUAAGUUCCAGAUUGAUUACGUGAUUGGUUGAUUGAAUCGGAUCCGAGUGCUUGUAAAGAUGCCCCAAACGGCGUUACGCGGUCAUACGAACCACGUGCACACGAACGGCCACGUGAGCAACCACAACGGACACGGUGGUCAUAGUGGACAGUCGAACGGUCAUCUGCACAACGGAUUUGCCCAUCAGAAUGGUGGACAACACUACAUUCCCAACGGCCAUGCCAAAUCCAAUGGACACAUCAAAAGCCCAGUAAAUGGUAGAGCGUGGAUGAACGGACACGCGAAUAAAGCAGAAGAUAAACAAUCUACAUUAUCUAGAUAUUGCACAAACGAACGACAACGCAACCAAAACAGUUAUCAAGCCGUUAAACGGAUGUGCAGAGAGAAAGGUACGCUGUUUGAAGACCCAGAUUUCCAGUCGGGACCGAAGGCUCUGUACCAUCACAAGAAGCCGCCCUUCAGCCCGAUAAUCUGGAUGAGGCCGCAUGAAAUGUGCCAAAGACCUAGAUUCAUAAGCGAAAACGCCAACGACGUGCUUCGCUUUUCCGUGGAGUCCGGUGAACUCGGGGAUCAAUGGUUAUUGGCGGCGGUCGCAUCUUUGGCAUUAACACCAAAAUUCUUGGAUAGGGUCGUUCCCCCAGAUCAAGGAUUCGAUAAUGCCAGUGGCUAUUGCGGAAUUUUCAGAUUCAGGUUUUGGCAUUUUGGUGAGUGGCGUGACGUAAUCGUUGAUGACAGAUUGCCGACGUUCAAAGGACGUUUGAUCUAUCUCCAUUGCUCAAACACAACAGAAUUUUGGGCUGCCCUUUUGGAGAAAGCGUAUGCAAAGUUUUACGGCUGCUACGAGAACCUGACUCAAGGAUCUACAACCAGAGCUCUUCAGGAUUUGACCGGAGGUAUAGUCCAGAGUUUCGGGUUGACGCAUCAAGACAGAUUCUUGACUUUUCAAGUGCUGAACAGCGCCGUGCCCAGAUCUAGUCUGUUGAUCGCUACAAUCGCUGCUGAGAAGGAUAAUAAGAGGCAACUUAGGUUGAGGAAUGGUCUGAUAACUCAACACGCUUACAGCGUAACUGGUUUGGCUAGGGUGCGUGGUGCUAACGGAGAGACUCCUCUGGUUAGGCUGAGGAAUCCUUGGGCUAGAGGAGAAUGGACCGGUCCGUGGAGCGAAAGAUCCUGGGAAUGGGAUGGUCUUUCAACAAGGGACAAGGAAUUGUUGAGUGUCCGGGUUACAAACGAUGGGGAAUUCUGGAUGUCUUUCGAAGAUUUUGCCAGACAUUUCACUCAAUUAGAUUUAGUGCACGUGGGACCUGACGAUUGGAUGAUGGAGGCGGCUCUUCACUCGAAGCAACCAUGGAGGGCCGUUUUGGCCCGCAGAAGAUGGCGCGGCGGUUACAAUGCCGGUGGAGGACCCAGUUACAUAGAAACCACGUCCAUGAAUCCGCAAUUCCACGUGCAAAUUCCGAGGACUUCUAGCAACAAAUGCCACGUCGUCGUCUCUGUGACCCAAUUCUAUGAAACCAACAUCAUUGAUGCCAAGAAAAAGAAACCGUUGUUCGCAAUUGGUUUUGCCGUCUACGAGGUUCCUCAUUCCAUGCAGAGGUUAACUCCACAUUUCGUAGCUGAACAAAAACCACUUGAUGUGACUAACCAUUCAGUAGCAAGAGAGGUAGUUACCUUCUUCACGUUACCGCCAGGCGAUUAUAUUGUAGUCCCUCAAACCAACAUCCCGAAUUUAGAUGGGAAAUUCUUGCUGCGCAUCUUCACCGAUGAACAAAGCAAUAUUUGGGAAGUGAAUGAAGAUAACAUGGUAAUAAGGAAUAUAUCGUCUGAGUUUCAAGAAGAAAAUCCAGCAUUGGCGGAUAACAAAACGAUAUUUCCAAAGCUGUUGGUGAAAUACCCUCCUGAAGUAGAUGCUAGUCAAUUGCAAAAGAUCCUGAAAUCGCACUGGAAAACUUAUUUAUCAGAGAAGCCCAGCCUCGAGCUCUGCAGGAGUUUAAUCAUGCUCAGAGAUUACAACAUAAGCGGCAGGCUCAAUUUGCUCGAUAUACCAGUGCUGAUGCAGAUGCUGCAAUUCUGGAGGUUGGCGCUUCAGAAAUUUGAAAGAGGUCAUCACAGCGGGAAAACUUCCAGCUACAACUUGAGGGCAUUACUUUGGGAAUCUGGUUGUACUGUGAGCAACAAAGUUCUGGAAUGCCUCGUGCUGAGAUUCGCCAAAAACCGUAUACUAACAACCGAAAAUUACGUAAUGGCAAUGGUCAGAUUGCAUUUGGCUCACGAGAGAUAUCAUAGCUUGGACACUAAAAUGAAAAGCAAUCCGAUUUCUUUAGAAGAAAUGAUUCUAAUGACAAUCUAUUCUUAGAUGACUUUAAUAUUGAAUUCCGAAUUCCUUAUAAACCAAAGAAAUUGCUUCAUCUACAGUUAAAGUGAUUGAUGUACGUUAGUAGAAUUGUAUAUUAUUAUUUGUUCGUUUAAUCAUGAUACAUGUAAAUAAUACUUAAUUAACAUUCCGCAUUCAG